AGCACCCAGUCGCUGCUGAUGUGCUUUAAGCUGCAAAUGGUAUCACAACUUGGUUUCCAGACUUCUGGAGUCCAAAUCAUAUCCUGUAACCAAGUGGACAGUAGGGUUUAAUUGGGACGAAAGAGUCAAAAUACUUGGACCCCCCCCUCCAGAUUCCUAAUCAUGAUUGCCCUACCCCCCACCAAUUUAGAAGGCAGGGGAAGAAAAUAAACAGAUAGUAAGGCAAUAAUGUUGGGAAAGGCUGAGAUAUGUAGUGUAUGAAACAAAGUAGGCUCCCAGCAAUCCCACAAAAAGCUUUGGAUUACCCCUGAUUAUGCACCCAGUUCUCCAGAGGAGUGUCCUCUGCCUGGUACCAAACCAUCACUUCUGGCCCAAUGCUGCUUUCUGUGGGUGCAAGCAAGAUGCUUUGCAACAAGUGGGCCUGCUGUGGUCAGAUUUGCCCACAUCCUUUGCAAGGUUUAUGGCUAAGCUUUCCCCCCUGCGAAAAGAUUCUGGAGAAUCUGGAUUAUGCCCCUUGUGCCACUAUCUGCAUUUUUUCCUGUUCUUGUACUGAAUUGCAGAAUACAAACCAUCCGUGAUCAUCAGAGGUGGCAGCCACAUUCCCUACCUGGCUGGACAGCAAUGCCCGAUGCAGGGAGAAGGUUAUGGAGCACCAGGUUCUGUGAAUAUUCACAGAAUAUUCUCCGAGAGACAAUCUGCUCUGCAUCACAGGAGUUAUAACACAGCUGUUUGUGACUGCAGUACUUGGUCCUGCCAGGGUCUGCAGAACUUGCUUUGACAAAUAAGCAGCCCUGGGGCAAAUCCUGUGGCUUCAGUGGGUAGGCAACACAUUCAACCUCUUUUUUCCAUCUGUAAAUUGGAAUUAACAAUGGACUACCUUGCAGAGGUGUUAGGUAGGCAAGCACAGGAAGGGUUGCAAAUUCCUUUGCAAAAUAAAUGUAUUGCCUAUAGUGCGAAAAUACACGUUCUCAAGCUGUGUCCACCAGUGGCAUCACUUCUCAACAUAAGUGAGAAUGGCCUGGAAGCCUUGCUUAUAAUCCUAGGUGGGAGGAACACUGCACAUGCUCAAGUGCUUCACAUGUUGCUGUCCUGAGAACUGGAUAGGUUCUGAAGUCAAAGGAAGGAACCUGGAUUAUGAAUGUUGUUCAAGGGAGGAUCGGUGUCCAUGGCAAACCAAAAGUGACUGACUCACUCACUCUCUUCCUCCCUCCCUCUCCUCUUGAUGUGGCUCAGCUUCCUGGCCUGACGGAGGAUAUUUCCUCCUCCCCUGCUGAGCUGGCAGCUAUGGAAACGUCAAGCCUUGCUCUCUCAGAACAGAACUUGGCAAAGAGGCCCUGCUCAGACUGGAAAGGUUUGCAGUGGUGGGAGCUUACAAGGAUUGUCCCCCACCCCUAUUGCUCUGCUUUCCAACUUUGGCCAAGGGGAUUGGCAAGAUAAGCAACCUGCUGGUACCCACAGGCCAGAGGGACAUGAGCUCGGGGACAGUGGCAGUGGCCCCUGUGGCUAAGAACGUGAUGGUGUAUCGCAACGGGGACCCUUUCUUCCACGGCAGGAAGUUUGUGGUGAGCCACCGGCGGUUCCUGACCUUUGAGGCCUUUUUGAACGAGGUGACCAGCACAAUCCAUGCCCCCGCGGCCAUCAGAAGCAUCUAUACCCCCCGGCACGGUCAUCGGGUCUCCGACCUGGGCGAGCUGCAGAAUGGGUGCCAGUACGUUGCGGGAGGCUUUGAGAGAUUCAAGAGAAUGGACUAUCUAAACCCUGGAAUGAGGCAGCUCAAUGGGAACCAGAAGAAAGACAGAGUGCAGAGCUACCCAGUUAUUCCCCAGAAGAUGCCUGUUUCGACACAUUGGAAGAAGCAGGUGAACUUGCCCUGCAUUAUACAUGACUGGCAGUGGUUCUCCAGAGUUUCAGGCCAGGUUCUCUCCCAGCCAUACCAGGAGCUGCCACUGGUGUUUCAACUGGGACCUUCCAUAUGCAACCCUGCCACAGAGCCAUGCCCCUUCCAAGAGGAAUGGAGAGCUUACACACACAGGCUCUGCAAGCUCAAUGGCGAUGCCGUCUCCACUGGUGAAGAUCUGGUGAGCGGCAACUACUACGUGGCGGUGGGCCUGGAGAAGUACAAAGACCUGCCCUACUUUGAAUUGCUGGUGCCCCCAAAGAUAACACACCAGCCAAUUCGGGACCACUCAAAUAGCAGAAGAAUGAGCCAAAAUCGAGGGUUACCGGUAGCUAAGCUCCACCUGGCUCCGCAAGAGGGGUCCAGUGACUCAGCACUCCUUGAACCGCCACAACAGAUGAACCUUCGGAGAGUGCAGUCCACAGGGAUUGUGCAGAAGGAAAGCAGCUGGAAUCUUUCCGCAGUGACGCAGCGCAAGAAAGGCAGGAAGCACCCGCGCAUGGAGAAGGCAGACUCCAUCUUCCACGCCAAGCCAGGCCAGGCCAGGCAUAUCAGGAGGAACUCAAACCAGAAUUCUGACCAAGAUGAAGGAAGUGUUUACAAAAUAAAAGGUGCAAGGGAAGAGAUACAGGAUGCCCAGGAAAUCAGAGAUGAUGAAAACACGCAAGUGGAAUUGCCCCUUGACCAGAAAGCUGCAGAGACUGUAGAAGAGGAAUUUGUGCCCCAAAGUGAAGCUUUGCAACGCAGGAAGGUUGAGAAUACUGACAAACUACAGAAGGCCCACACAAUCCAGUGUUCUGCUGGUGACUCACAGGAAGAAGUGACAAGAAAGCCUCCUUUCCAUCCGGCUUGAAGAAACUUUGUUUCACCUGAGAAAAGACUGUG